AAUUAUUAUUAUUAUAAAAAUGUUCUAAUAAGAAAUAUACAGGGUGACACAUCACAUAGGUUUUUGUCACUGUGUGUUUGGGCAACACACGCGUCAGUUGUUACUUUUUGCCACAGAGUUGUAUAUAGUAAAUAGAGAAGGGGACUAAACCAUGGCAUUUCACUGAAAUUUACAUUGCGCGUAUGUAUACGUAACUAACAAAUUUCUAAGACGCCAUUGAGCUUUCUGGCAAGUCUUCGGAUGACGUGCUUAUUAUACAAUUUCAGGUAUCUUUUCCAGACGACUCUAUCCCUUGUUUUGAAAUCCUACUGUCUACUUUCUCUAUAAAGCCGCUGUAUAAACGAGGACUUCGAUCAAGUUACGGCAAAGGCGAAAUACGUUGCUAAUCGAAUCGGCGCCGCGGCUAAACUGGCCUGGGGCAUACGGUCGGCACUCGUCACCAUCGGCUAAACAACAAUAUUUGGAAUUGAUGUUACACCAAAAUAAGUAUCACACUGUACAUGAUGUAAUGGAAUGUAGCCAGUGAAUAGGUUAUGUCACCUUACUGUUUCUUUCAGAUUAUUUAUUAUUAAAAAGCCCCUUUCUCGUUAAUUUCGAGAGUGCUCCAAUCUAACAAUGACCUCCAAUUUAACAAAGGCGUCCCUAAUAAAGACACUUGCCGUACGAGGACUCGCAAACGCCUGCGCUAGUCAAGCGGCUCCCGUUGGUGGCUAUUCGGACUAUCAAGUGGAUACCACCGUACUUCCGAACAAGGUGGUAGUAGCGUCUGGCGAGAACGAAUCGUUAAUUUCGCGUGUCUCUAUUGUAUUCCGAGCCGGUUCCCGAUAUGAGACUAGCGACAGUUUGGGGGCUGCGCACGUUUUACGCAUUUCCGCCGGCUUAAGCACGAAAAACGCGUCGCAAUUUGCCAUAAUCCGUAAUGUGCAAGAAGUCGGUGCUAGCCUAACGUGUUCGGUGGAUCGUGAGACGAUCUCGUAUACAUUAGAGGGUACCAGGUCCGCGGUGGAAGCUACUCUACCAAUUUUGAAAAGCGUCGCACUUGAACAGUGCUUUAAACCUUGGGAGGUCGCAGACAAUGUGCCGAGGCUUCGUUUGGAGUUGGCGACUCGCCCGCCGCAAUUACGCGCCAUCGAUCUUCUACACAAGGCAGCCUAUCACAGUCGCGGGUUGGGACAUUCGAUUUACAUCGCCAAAUACAAUUUGGGGAAGAUUUCGCCUGAAACUUUGCAGUAUCACGUGCAGGAGAACUUUGUCGCCGGCCGCUGUGCGGUUGUAGGUCUCGGUGUGAAUCACAAGGAUCUGGUAGGUUUCGCGGACUGUUUACAUUUGAGCGGAACAGGAGGGGCCGACAAAGCUUCACAGUACAAGGGGGGUGAAAUCAGGUCAGACAAGGGAGGCCAUUUUGCCCACAUUGCCAUUGCGGGCGAAGGAGGUUCCAUGAAGACCCUAAAGGAGGCGCUCGCCUUCUCCGUCUUGCAGAGGGCGCUAGGUGCAGGAACUUACAUCAAGUACGCGAACGAAAACAACUCUCCAUUCGCUAAAUUGCUUCCAAACUCGAUUGCCGCGAACACGAUCAAUGCUUUUAAUGUUAGCUACUCCGACUCAGGCUUAUUUGGCGCUCUAAUUUCCGCAGAAAGUAAUAAAGCAGGAGCGCUUGCUGAAGGAGUUAUAAAAAUCCUCAAGGGAGGGCAGGUGUCCAAUGAGGACUUUGAGAGAGGUAAGCGGCAAACAAAGACUGCCAUCACCUUAGCGUACGAAAGUGGUUGCAAUGGAAUUGUCGAGUUGGGUAACAGUGCCGUUUUGGCAGGAUGUCCGACUAAUCUUUGCGAAUUAUUAAAGGUUUUAGAUGGCAUCACUCAGAGUGAUGUUUCUUCCGCUGCCACAAAGGUCGCUAAAAGCAAGCUUUCGAUUGCCUCAGUAGGAAAUUUGUCCUGUGUACCCUUCUUAGAUGAAGUUUCUUGUUAAUAUUUUUAUCAUGUGUAAUAUUUAUAGGUGAUUUCAUGUCUAUUAUGAAAAUUAAUAAUGUAUAACACUGUUUCUCUAA